UUUUUGUUCUAUAUAGGUCUCAGAGCUCUUAACUACAGAGAGAAAAUUAGUUAUUGAAUCAUAUAGACAUGUACUAACAUGAUUAUUGGGUCAACUCUAAUAUAGUGGUUUAGUAGGAACAAUUUGCAAUAGUAUGUUCAUAUUUGUUGGUGUUAGCAUGUUAGGUAAUCCUUAUAUGUAUGCUUAUCACGUUAGUGCUUAAAAGUUGAAGAUUUAGCCCAUAAAACCAUAUAAAAAAACAAAUGCAUUAUAGUUUUGCAGGGGUUACAGAUACAAGCAGAUAUAUGCCUAUUUGACUUCUAUUAUUAAAAUGCAAUUUGCUUUACUUCUUGAUCGAAUUACAUGGCAUUAUUCUAAAACUUCAAUUCAUUGGCAUAUUAAUCACACAAUUUAUCUAAAGUCAUAAGCAGAAAGUGAAAAGGGAACCAAUCUAAAGGGCAGGCAUGGCUGAUCCAAUCACAUUUGGAUUGAAGACGAUAUGGGAUGAAUGGAACAUACGCGUUUGUGUUCUGUUAAGUCUGUUUCUGCAAGUUUUUCUCACAUUAUUUGCUUCUUUCAGGAAACGCACUGCAAACAAGAUUGUAAACUUGCUUAUAUGGUUAGCUUAUUUACUUGCGGAUUCAACUGCAAUCUUCGCUUUAGGACUCAUAGCCAACGUUCAAGAAUCUCCUACCCCUUUUGCCUCCAAAGAUCUCUUGGUAUUUUGGGGUCCUUUCCUUUUGCUCCAUCUUGGUGGCCCUGACUCCAUCACUGCUUUUUCUCUCGAGGAUAAUGAACUUUGGCCUAGACACUUGCUUCAACUCACUGUGCAGAUUGCCGUCACUGUUUAUGUGUUCAGCUCAACACUUCCCAACAAGGUAACCAACCCUUCAAUUUUCAUAUUUCUUGAUGGGAUCAUUAAAUACUUGGAGCGUACUUGUUCUUUAUAUCUUGCAAGUUCUGAUAAGAUUCGAGCUUCCAAUGCACCGGCAAUGGAAGAGAGACAAAUUCAAGGAAAAUUAAGAGAUGUGGAGGUCGUGAAAGAAGCUCAUGCCUUGUACAUGCAAUUCAAUGGAGUCAUAGUCGACCGUAAGUUCAAAUUCAGUAAUUUUACCGGAAGCCGGGCAUUCUUUAAUAGUAUAGACGCUAAAGAUGCUUUUAGAGUAAUAGAGACAGAGCUUAACUUCAUGUAUGAGGUAUUGUUUACAAAAGCAGCACUUGUGCACUCCAAGUUGGGAUAUCUUUUUCGGUUGACAUCUUUUACUUCAGCUGUGUCAGCCUUAGCAACUUUUCAUUUUAAUGUCAAGAAACAAGGUUUUCAUGAGUUUGAUGUUCGAGUUACGUACGCCUUGCUAUUUGGUGCAGUCUUAUUAGACAUAAUAUCCCUCUUCAUGGCCAUUUUCUCCGACUGGACAGUAGUAAAUACUCUGCAGUUUUUAUGGGCAGGGCCACUCCUGAGCAAAUUCAACAAGUCCAUUCUAUUCCGCAAGUGGUCAGGCUUUGUCUCAGGGCGUAGCUUGAGGAUGCGCAAUUUCAUGAACCUCGGGUAUGUAAUGAAAAACUAUUGCCAUUUUUUGAGCUUCAAAGGAUAUGUAAAAGGAGGAAUUUACCUGUCCAUAGAGUCACUUGAUGAAGACUAUUGGGAAUUUGUUUUCACAGAAAUGAAAAUAAGAUCACAAUGGGCAGAUAACUCUAAAAAAGCUGAGCUGAUAUUUUCAGGUAACAGCAAAUGGCUACGAACUACAAUUCCUGAACUUGGCACCAUCAUCGAUGGGUUGUGUUUGAACGAAAUUGCAUAUGAUGAGAGCAUUCUGCUGUGGCAUGUUGUUACGGAGCAUUUUUACUCCGAUCUUGCUAGUAUUCAUCAUGAUUACGGUAAGGAACGCAAAUUUAGUAAGAUAUUAUCAUAUUACAUGUUCUAUCUUUUGCUGGAUGAAUCUUCCAUUAUAGCAGACGCAUCAGGAAUUUGCAAACUAAGGUUUUCCGAUAAUUUUACGGAUACUUUGAACCAACUUCGAAAUGAAUUUUUUCGCCCGGUGGGUCGAUUAUAUUUAAAGUACUUUGACAAGUCGCCUUAUGUGUCCCAUCUUCCUAGUCUUUCUAGUGCUUUGAUAUCAACACUUAACCAGAUGGAGAAAGGUUUGAGAUGGAAAAUAAUGAGCAAGAUGUGGGUGGAGUUGUUGGCAUAUGCUGCAAGUCACUGCAAAGGGAACAUUCAUGCACAACAGCUUAGUAAAGGAGGAGAGCUUGUAACCAUUGUUUGGUUGCUGUUGAAUCAUCUUGGCCUAGGGGGUUUACAAGACUAAUAUGCAUGUGUAUGUGUGUGGAUAAGUGGGUGUAUUUUCAAAAUAAAUAGUUAUAAUAAAAUGUGUCGGUGAGAAAAAUAGAAGAAUGAAUGAAACAGUUGCAGAUUGAAUGUAA